AUGUUCUGCGUCAACUCUGCCAUCUUCACCUUGGGAUUGGCCAUCCUGUGUGUCGGCUUCUGGGGCCUCGCUGCCAAGCAGUCCUUAAUGGGCGAACAGAUCGGAUACCUGGGAACCGACCCUAUGCUGGUGUUCGUUCUGGUAGGCCUGGUGACGUGCGCCUUAUCGUUUUCGGGGUGUGUCGGGUUUGUCAGGGAGAACACUUGUCUUCUGAAGACCUUCUUUGUUGGGAUAAUGAUUCUGAUAACCGCGCAGAGCUUGGUGGCCAUCGUGGUCCUUUGUUUUCAGCAGCAGAUCCAGGAUUCCUUGAGGAGCACCAUGCUGGUCGCCAUGAGCCGAUACCAAGACGAUGCCGACUUGAGGUUUAUACUGGAUGAGGUUCAGCUGGCUAUGGAGUGCUGCGGGGGGCAGUCUUACCAAGACUGGUCGGUCAAUCUGUAUUUUAACUGCUCGUCCCCUGGGGUGAACUCUUGCGGCGUUCCGUACUCCUGCUGCAUCGACCCCCUGCAGAAUGGCACGGUCCCCAACUCUCAGUGCGGUUUCGGUGCUCUGGCGAUGGGAGAAGUUGCGGCCAGCAGCCUCGUCUAUCUGGGUGGCUGCAUUCCUCAGCUGGUCCUCUGGAUUGGCAGCAGGAUCUGGGAUAUUGCGGCGGUUUAUAUCUUGCUGACCGCCAUCGAAGUCGUCUUCCUGGUCUUCGCCCAGAGAGUGAUGCGAGAGAUCGAGGCGGUGAAAUCUCUGUACUGA